AAUUUGUUUUUCUCUAUUGAGAUUGCUUGCUCGUAUCACUCUUUAAAAUGGCAGCCAUCCACAUCUUUCGCUUACAUCUUCCGGUUAAAACCCCACAUUCUCUCUUUCUCUCUCUGAUGGAAAAACCAGUGUUUGAAGCCUGGAGAUCCGACCCGGCCGUCCGACCGCCGGAGACGCCAUUAGAGCCUAUGGAGUUUCUCUCUCGCUCCUGGAGCGUCUCAGCUCCAAAGGCCUCUAAGGCUCUCGCUCAUUUGACGAUCUUAGGAGACAGCACUGUCAAACUCAAAGAGAAAUCAAUCACAGGCGGAGAGACAGGGGAGAACAGUCUCAUCUCCGAGAACCCUUUCUCCUUCGCGUCCUCUGGAACUACUCAGAGGGUCAUGGACCAUAUCUUAUCUCAGUCUCAAGAAGUGUCGCCACGAACAUCUGGUCUGCUUUCUCACAGCAGCGGUCCUCUCAACGGUUUCUUAACCGAAAGUCCUCCAAUUUCACCGCCUGUAAUGGACGACAUUCAGAACUUCAACUCUCAAUUCCGUCCAAUGGCGAACACUCCGGGACCUAUCACGGCGAGAACCACACAGUCUAAGACGGUGGGUCGCUUGAUAAAAGACCGGAAAGAGAAAAAGAAGGAAGAGACGCGAGCACAAAACGCCCAGAUUCACGCCACGGUAACUAUAGCCGGCGUGGCAGCAGCGGUGGCUGCAAUCGCGGCUGCGACGGCGGCUUCUUCUAGCUCCGGGAAAGAUGAGCAGAUGGCUAAAACGGAUAUGGCCGUGGCUUCUGCUGCAACCCUUGUGGCUGCUCAGUGCGUGGAGGCUGCGGAAGUUAUUGGAGCUGAGAGAGACUACGUAGCCUCCGUUGUUAGCUCCGCCGUCAGUGUUCGUUCGGCCGCAGAUAUCAUGACAUUAACAGCCGGAGCAACUACAGCGUUAAGAGGAGUGGCUACAUUGAAGGCGAAAGCGACGAAGGAGGUGUGGAACGUUGCAUCAGUUAUUCCUAUGGAUAAAGGAAUCAAUCCUGGAGGCUUCAGCAAUAUUGAUAGUAACAUUAACGGUAGCAAUAGCAGCUCAAGUAGUAGCCACAGUGGCGAGUUUUUAGCGGAAGAUAAUUUCUUGGGACAUUGCAGCAGAGAAUGGCUUGCAAGAGGUUGCCAACUCCUCAAACGCACCCGCAAAGGUGAUCUUCAUUGGAAAAUAGUUUCUGUUUACAUAAACAGCCUAAAUCAGGUUAUGUUAAAGAUGAAGAGCAGACAUGUUGGAAAAACUUUCUCAAAUAAGAAAAAAUAUGUUGUGAUGGAUGUGAUCAAAAACAUACCAGCUUGGCCAGGCCGCCAUUUGCUGGAAGUUGGAGAGGAUCUGACAUACUUUGGAUUGAAGACAGUUUUGCGAGGGAUUGUAGAAUUUGAGUGCCGGAGCCAAAGAGAGUAUGAAAUGUGGACACAAGGUGUCACACGGCUUCUUGCUGUUGUUGCCGAGAGGAAUAACCGAUAUAGGAUAUGAAGGAGAAACCUACCAGUUAAGAGCUACUGUUUUGGGUGUAAUAUAACUUUUGGGGUCAAAUUAGGAAUUUAGAGAAAGCUGAGGGGCUCUUAUAGAGGAAAUUUUAGGUAAAAUAUAUAAGGGUGCUAUGGUUAAACAAAACUUGGUGUUUGUAAUUUUGUUUUCUUUUAGUGUUUUUGUAAAAUGUUUAAUCU